AUGGGAUACCACGAUUGCCCUUUGAACAGAGAAUCCUUAGGUGAGUUAAAUAAUUAACGCUACAUAAUCGUACAAUAUUGAAAUUUUAUAUUUGUAUUAAGAAGUUUUCAUCAAUAUUAGACAUUAUAAUAUCUUAUAUACUUAUAUAUAUAUAUAUAUAUAUAUGGUCAUUAUUUUAUAUUAUCUUUAUAAUAUAUUUGUGGAUAUUUUUAGUAUUAAUUUGUAUAAUGUUUAGAAUAUAUAGUUAUUACCUACCUACUAAACUUGUAUUCGUUGUAUUACGAAUUAAAAAUGAAAACUGCCUAUUUUAAAACCGUUAGGCAUCCAAUUCCUUCAGAAAUUUUGAAAUACCUACAUACAUAGGUACUAUUUAUACCUAUUAAAAAAACCUCAAGAUCGAGGAUUUGAAAAACUGAUACUUUUUUUUGUUUACAUAUAGGAUUCUGUACAUGGAGUUUACUCCAUACAAUGGCAGCAUACUAUCCGGACGAGCCCACGCUUGAUCAACAGAACGAUAUAAAUCAGUUUUUUAAACUGCUCGGUCGUGUUUAUCCAUGUGAAAUGUGUGCGCGUGAUUUUGCUCAGCUGUAAGUAACACUAAUACGUUUUUAUUGCUGCUCUUUUGAUUAGUUAGGUAUAAAUGUACAACUAGUAGGUACUUCAAGUGGGCACACCUACACUAAUAUUGCCCAUGUCUUCUAAAAUAGGUAUCUGUUUAAUUAUUUAAAUAAAUUUGAAUAAGUAUAAAAAAUAAUACCUGAUAUUCAUCACAUUAUUGUUUUCAGACAAAUCUUAAAUUAUAUUAUACAUUUUACAUUAAUGUCCUUUUCAUAACGUACUACUUCUAAGAAAAUGUUCAAGUUUAUUUUUUAAUACUUAGAUAGCCUGUGUUUUAGUUGUGGUGUAAAUCAAUUUUACGCGGCCCACAUAGUAAAAAUGUUUAAACAAAUUUACCGUUUACUAUUAGUUAAUAACUAAUUACAUUUAAUACCAUUCGUCCCAUUGUUGAAACUUUACAGCAGCUCAAUAGUGAAUUUCAACCGGUGGAACCCGACUGAGUACAAUCCUUAUUUUUGAAUAACCCGAUUGAGCAUGGUUCAUAUUUUUUAACAACUCAAUUUCAAUGCAAUCAAGUGAAUGCAACUUUGCAAAUUUUUUUGUCUGUCUACAACCAAGUACUGACACAUACGAUUUUUUUGAAAUACUCGUAUACUACUAAUGCUGGGGUAAAUAUUCAUCAAUCGUUAUACUUUGCGGUCAAUUGAAACUAACAGUCAUAAAAAUAUGAGUUUUUAGAAAGGUAAAAUAUCAAUGCAACUAUCAUGGCUUAUGACAAAUAUUUAAAAAAUGAACAUUCUGAAAAUUUACUAAAAUAUUUAUUUAAAAAGUAGGAAAUAAAUAUUUAGAGAUACCAUUAUAAAAUAUCUAGUUUAUUUAUUAUACAAUUUUUUUUUUUUAUGACAUUUAUAAACAAUUUUAUAUAUUUUUAAGGACAAAAACGAAAAUAUUAUAUUGAAAUAUAUUAAAAUUUGGGACAUAAGUAUUUUGCAAAAAAAUUUUAAAAAAGACGUUAUAAGAUAAUGGGAACGGGUGCAACCACUGUUAUCGGUAAUUGUAAUAGAAAACCAUUGGAACCAUACGAAAAUACUAUUUUGAGUGGAGUUCAGUUGAUAGUGAUGCUUUGUCAACAAUAUAUAUGCCAUAUUAAAGUAAACUAAUUAAAUAGGCUUUAUAUAUUUUCUUUAAUAAUAUUUGUUUAAUGUUGUAUCAAUUUUCCCGGUUUUUACGUUUUUCCCGGUCUUCCCAUGUUUUUUUCGGGUUUUCAAAUUUGGUGAGAAAUCUCCUGAGAAAAUCGAAAAAUGACCUCGUUAAAUUAUCCCCCCCUCCCUCUCACAUCGAUUUCCUUUCAGUAAAGGUGCUACUCGUAAAAAUCAGAGCAAGAUAUCUGGUAAAAAAGUUGUCCAUAAAAAAAAAAAUUAAAUAUCUUUGUAAAAUCAUAAGCUUCUUCACUCCACUCAGAAUCUAAAAUAUUGACAUAUUUAUUUUAUAAACAAUAAGCACGUCAAUGUUUGAUGUAUUUUUGUGCUCAAUCGGAUUGUAUUUUGGAUUCUUAUUGUUUGGUUGCAUCUGUGCUCACUCGGGUCGUAAAAAAGGUGAACUGUGCUCAAUCGGGUUGCAUCCAUUUUAACCUUGGUUGGUGCUACUAUCUCGCUGGAUGAGGUAGGUAUUUAUAUAUUAGAUGAACCAUUUGAUUGGUGACACUGAUAAUUCAUAAUUAAUAUCGCCAGAUGUAUUUUUAAACAGGAUAACUUUUCGACCACCAGUGACCAGUUCUCAGGAAGCGUUAUCCGAUUGGCUAUGUGGUAUACACAAUCAAGUGAAUAAAAAAAUAGGAAAAACAAUAUUUGACUGCACCGAAUGUAAUGAAAGAUGGAGAGACGGGUGGAAAGAUGGUAGUUGUGAUUAG